GCGCCAUUUUGCGGUUGGAAAUGAGUGUGUGCUGCGCUGGUUGGGUGUGAGAUUCAGCCCACCGUUCCUGGUUUUUGUUUUCUUAUUUAAUUUGAAAUAAGAAAUAUGAACCAUCCUCGACUUAUCACGUUCACAAGGGCCCGGGAGAAAUCAGACUUUUGGGAAAAUGGUGAACGCAGUAGGAAGAAAUCAUUUGGAGUAUUGGAGUGUAGCACUUCCGGGGCGGAGGCAAGAAACUUCUAUGAAAGUCUUAUUUCUUCUGAAGGUAAAACAUCAACUUCUAGAAGACUUACUCGGAAACGCAAAAUAGCCAUACCUUCGUCAAAUCGAGAGUCUCUUGUUACUAGUUCUCAAGAUGGACCUACCAGAACUGUACCAACAGAAAGAGCUAUCAGUUUUGGCCAUCAGCUACUUAAAUGUUCUCAAGAAGGAGACCUUAAAGGGGUUCAGAAGUUGGUGGAAAAAGAGAAAUGUGACAUCAAUUUUUCAGACAAUUUCUUUUGGACAGCGUUAAUGUGUGCUGCAUAUGGAGGACGAAAGGAUGUAGUGAACUAUUUGCUGAAGAAUGGAGCAGCCUGGGUUGGAGUGUGUGAUACCCAGGGUAAGGAUGCUUUGAUCUUAGCAGAAGAAUCGGGGCACGGUGACAUUGUUCAGCUUCUGCAACAUUCUCUAAGUGGUCUUUACCAGGAGACUGCACCAAGGAGAAGAAGUAUGGAGAAGAAAUAUUGUGAAUUGUGUAAGACCCAUUACCAAGAAGACACCAUCGAAACUCACGAACGUUCCACCGUCCAUCUCUUUAACAAGAGGAAGAAACUGCCUCCUACUUACUACGCUAUCCCAGAAAAUAACGUGGGAUUUAAAAUGAUGCUGAAAGAAGGCUGGAAUCGAGAGUCAGGGCUGGGGCCAAGCGGUACGGGGAGGAAAUUUCCUGUUCAGACUGUUCUCAAGAGAGAUCAAAAAGGACUUGGCUUUCAAACAAACCAGAAAGCCAAAGUCACCCACUUCCCAGCCAAUGACACCCUGGCAGUCUCUCGGCCAGAGACUAAGCCUAGUAGGAUAGAACGAGUGUCCACAGUCAGCAAGAAAGAGGAAAGAAGGAAGGAAGAAAGAGAGAAAACUUGGGAGCGGAAUCUGAGGACUUAUAUGAACAUAGACAUCUAGUUUUACUGAACAGAGUCCUACAAGACACCUCUCCAGCUUAUGUUAUUUUCUGCCUCAAUAAAUAGACUGAUUAAAUGUUGGUUGUCUUUUAAUAGGUCAUGUACUCUGUGCUACAAAUAUAUUUAUAUGGAAUGAGACAAGUCUACCAGCGCGAACUGAUGUGAUGCCAGAUGUUUUAAGAACCUGAUAUUUAAAUCAUUAUGCCUUAAAUGUUUCAAAGCUGCUAAAGGCCUUCUUGAAGAUGGGAUCUUCAGACCUCCUUUCUCUGACCAGGUUUAAUCGCCUUGUAACUAGAAUAAUCAAAUGACAAUUGGAAGAGUUUGUCCAGACGUCAUGACAGUGGUUAUCUUAAGGGCCAGCUGUCACUUCUUUGGAAUUUACACCAUUGAAUAAAGCAUUAGAAAUCACAUAUAGCUUGUGUUAUUAUUGUUUUCAUGUAAUGCUCCAUUUUCUUCCAAAUUUAUAUUAAAGUUUAUCAAAGGACAUCAUAUUCCAAUUUAGGCAAGGUAAAGCCAGGGCAAACAGUGGAAAUGAUAGGAAGAAAUACAGACGUGGUUUAAUUUCUCCUCUUCUCUGUGUGCUUUCUCUAUGCUGACUGUCCGGUUUCCAAAUUGGCCAGAUAAUACAACAUUGAUUGACAGGGAGCUAAGAUGAAGGCGCCCAUUUGCAGGAUAAAGAAUUGCGGAUGUUUUCAUUUAAUUAUAUUUUUAACACCUCACAAGAUUGUUUAAUAGAGGGGAUGAGUAAACAUAUUACAAAUCUUGGGCGGGACAGUUCUACUUUAAUUAUCUUGUUUAUCGAGUGAGUCUUGGUUUCCUUGACGUGCUGUCUCGGACCCUACAAGCCUGCUGUGUAUUGUGGGUAAGCUAAGUGUGCCUUUCAGAGCGUGUUCUCAAUCCACCGCAAUGGCAAUUCUUUGAUGGUCAGCUACCUGGCUUAACCACAUUUUCUGUGACGUGUGAAGCGCAGAGAGCCAUUAGACAGGAGACCGGAAGGAUAGGGGGGGUGAAAUGGGCGUGUUUAAAGAUCAGUAAAAAUUAACUAGUUUAUAUAUCAUUCUAUCUUCACCUCACCAUCCGAAAAGAAUGGAGCUUUGUCUACACUUUCUCUGCAAUUGUAUUGUUCUCGCUUCGUUUAAUAGAAUACUACAAACUGGUAAGAAAGAGCUGAUAAUGUUACAAUCGUAACUUUCGAGAUUAAACAAAAUAUCUGAAAAAUGUCAUGAAUAAAUGUAAUUUAAAUUCUGAA